AUGACGUUGGCUAACCUCAUCCUUGUGAGCGUCGUUUUUCGAAAAAGCGAAGCCUUGAAGUCGAGUUUAGAUAUCAAAAGCCGCGCCAAACCUUCGAGAACUUGUUCUCUGGCAGUCUCCAGACGUCAACGUGUUGGAAAAUGCGACGACGUUUGCUCUGCCGUACUUCAAAAAUCUCGAAUCUCUCACACUUUUGAACUGGGAGUCUCGAAACUCUGCCGCAAGAGGUUUGCCCGACUUUUGAUUCCGAUCAAAAUGUUCAAAAACUUUUAGGAUGUGCAUAUCGCAGCGAAAUUGCUCCUAUUUUGUCUCUGAAAAGACUGAGGAAAAUUAAAAUUUCUUGUCAAGGAUCUACUGCAUCACAAUUUCUGAAAGAUGUUCGAAAAAGAAAUGGGCCGUUUCACUUCUUGGAAAUUGCUGAGGUCUGUUCAAAUAUUCAUUAAUCUUGAGCCUUUUCCGUUUUCAGCUCUCACUCAACUGCGAAGAAGACCUUGGUAAUCUUCAAUGGCUCGAAAGUCGAUAUCCUCAUUUGCGUGUUGUCAGAAAUUGA